UAUGUAGCACAGCAUUUUAGGCAUUACAGCAAGCAUAUCAAAAAGCAAACAGGCCUAUACUCGUCAUGUUUUACCACGUUAGUCAUGGCGCGCGCGUGCCCUCGAAUGCCAAGAGACGUUAUCCCUUGUGGAACUGCAAAGGGGGUUAAAGCGCAAGGGUCAAGUGGGAAGCUGAAGCGUGAGGCCAGUGCCACAUCCAGCAAAGACGUGUCUUGGCAGCCCUGCUCCCCGCAAAACUAUGUGCUGGCGAUGGCGUAUUUUUUUUUCUUUCUCCUGGGAGUGAGUGGGCAUGGGGUACGCGGCUUUGGGGAUGGGAAGAUCCGGCAUCAUCCCGGGAGAGAGGGAUACUGUAGCCGUGAUGACAAUCAAUGCGUUGUGGUGAGGAGGAUACGAGGAUGGGUUGGCUUCGAUUGGGCCAAAGCUGGAUGAUCAGGAGAAGUUUGAAUGAAUACCCGUCUCUUACAUGGAUGGAGUAGGCUACUCGUAUACGACAAGAUCGUCAUAA